GGCAGCAACCGGUGAUGGAGCAGUGGUACCAGGACAGCAGCGAGGAGUGGGACCGCCCGGGCAGCUUCGCCUUCCGCAACCAAGGAGCUCAGCUGGAGGACGACCGUGAUGUGUUGGACUUGUGGGCGCCGAUGCGGUUCAUGCUGCUGUUCAGCCGCCAGGGGAAGCUGAGGCUGCAGAAGUGGUACCUGGCCACGGCUGACAAGGACAAGAAGAAGAUGGUGCGGGAGCUCAUGCAGGUGGUGCUGGCCCGGAAACCCAAAAUGUGCAGCUUCCUCGAGUGGAGGGACCUCAAGGUGGUCUACAAGAGGUACGCCAGCCUGUACUUCUGCUGCGCCAUCGAGGGCCAGGACAACGAGCUGAUCACCCUGGAGCUGAUCCACCGCUACGUCGAGCUGCUCGACAAGUACUUCGGCAGCGUGUGUGAGCUGGACAUCAUCUUCAACUUCGAGAAGGCCUACUUCAUCCUGGACGAGUUCGUGAUGGGGGGCGAGAUCCAGGACACCUCCAAGAAGAGCGUCCUCAAGGCCAUCGAGCAGGCAGACCUGCUGCAGGAGGAGGACGAAUCCCCCCGGAGUGUCCUGGAGGAAAUGGGGCUGGCAUAGCUCCCC